AAUUUUCAUCAUUUUGUUAUAACUUUUAUAUACUUUUUAUUUUUUAUUUAUUAUUUGUCUAUAAUUUUAAAAUUUAAAAUAAAUAUAUAUUUAUAUUAAAUAUAUAUAUAUAUAAAGAAAUGACAAAUUUAGUUAGAUUUAAGGUCAACUAUUACACUCGUUUAGGUCAAGAGGUUUAUAUAUCUGGAACAGGUGAAGCUUUAGGUAACUGGGAAGAAGCAAACUCAAAAAAACUUCACUAUUGCGAUAAUGGCGAUUGGGAAACUUUAGUUGAAUUUAAGGGUGAUGAAAAAGAAAAAAAUAUUGAAUAUAAAUACUUCAUAAUGGAUACUAAUGGUGAAAAAAUUUGGGAAAGUGGUCCAAACCGUAGUUUAAAUUUAAAUGAUUUAAAUUCAAAUUAUAUUCACGAAUUUAGAGAUACUUAUCAAAGCCCAACUUCAGCUGAAAAUACUUAUUUAGAUUCAUCAUUCUUUAGAGAAGUUCUUUUUAGCAGAGAAAAUAAACAAGCUUAUUCAUUAGUUAAAAAUACUUCAUCAGAUAAGGUCAUUAUUCAUUUUCAAGUUAAAUCAACCUAUGUACCACCAACUCAUUCAAUUUAUAUUGUUGGUAGUAAUAGUGCUUUAGGUAAUUGGAGAACUGAUAGAGCAGUUAAACUUUCAGACGAAUUUUACCCAGUAUGGAAGGUUGAUUUAGAAUUUUCAAAAGAACAAUUACCAUUCUCUUAUAAAUAUAUUAUUGCCGAUAAAACCAAAUCAUAUGUUCACUGGGAACAUGGCUCAGAUAGAUGGUUCACCGCUAGCACUGUCCACGCUACUGAAUAUUCCAAUACUACCAAUGAGGAUCGUGACUUUUUCUUUAAUGAUGGUGAAUUCAAAGAUAGUCAAUUAUUAAGAACUGCAGGUGUAGCUGUACCAGUAUUCUCAUUAAGAAGUAAGAAGGGUUUAGGUAUUGGUGAAUUUAAUGACAUUAACGCUCUUGUCGACUGGUCACACCAAACUGGCUUACAUAUGAUUCAAAUUCUCCCAAUUAACGAUACAACCGUUUACUAUACCUGGAGAGAUUCUUAUCCAUACAGUUCAGUCUCUGUUUAUGCACUCCAUCCAAUUUAUAUUCACAUUGAUUCAUUAACCAAAGAUCCAAAGAUUUUAGCAACUGUUGCCCAACAUCGUGAAAAAUUAAACUCUCUUCCAGCUUUAGAUUACGAAGCAGUUAUGAACAUUAAAACCACUCUUCUUAAAGAAAUCUAUGCCCAAGAAAAGAAAUCAUUAGGUCAAAAUAAAGAAUUUACAGAUUUUGUUAAAGAAAACAGCGAUUGGAUUAAAGCUUACGCUCUCUACUCUGUCUUACGUGACACCCACAAGAGUGGUGAUUUCACUACAUGGCCAGUUUAUUCAACAAUUACUCAAGAAGAUAUUGAAAAAGAAACUUCACCAUCAUCAAAAUAUUAUGACAGUGUUUGUUACUAUUACUUUGUACAAUUCCAUUUACAUCUUCAAUUAUUAGCCGCUUCUAAAUACGCCGUAUCAAAGAGAAUUGGUUUAAAGGGUGAUUUGCCAAUCGGUGUAAAUAGAGUUUCAGUCGAUGCUUGGGUUAAUCCACAUCUCUUUAGAAUGAACAUGUCAACUGGUGCACCACCAGAUGCUUUUGCUGAUGAUGGUCAAAACUGGGGUUUCCCAACUUAUAAUUGGGAGGUCAUGAAGAAAGAUGACUAUGCUUGGUGGAGAUCUCGUCUAGGUCAAAUGUCUAAAUACUUCCAUGCUUUUAGAAUUGAUCACAUUCUUGGUUUCUUUAGAAUUUGGGAAAUUCCAGCCAACUGUGUUACUGGUUUAUUAGGUAAAUUCAAUCCAUCACUUCCAUUAUGGCGUUCAGAGUUAGCAAAUAAUGGUGUUUGGGAUCUCGACCGUUUAACCCAACCAUAUAUUAGAUAUCACACUUUAAGAGAACAUUUUGGUGAAUAUGCUGACUACACUGCAUCUAAAUUCCUUAACGAAUACUCAUCCAAUGUCUAUCAAUUAAAACCAGAGUUCUCCACCGAAAAAUUAAUCGAACAAAAUUUAACAGCCGAUGAUGCCAUGUACAAACCAGGUCUUUUCAAAUUAGUCCAAAAUGUUUCAUUAUGUGCUGACAGUGAAGAUGAAAAUCGUUUCUAUCCAAGAAUUGAAAUCACUAAAACUAGUAACUUUAAUGAACUUUCAGACGAUAUGAAAUCAACUCUUCAUCGUUUAUAUAUCUCUUAUUUCUUCGAAAGACAAGAAGAAUUAUGGGCUCAAGUUGCACUUCAACGUUUACCAUUAAUUAAGAAAUGUACAUCCAUGUUAGUAUGUGGUGAAGAUCUUGGUAUGGUUCCAAAAUGUGUUGAACCAGUUCUCCACGAUCUUGGUAUUCUUGGUUUAAGAAUUCAACGUAUGCCAUCUGACAGUAACAAAGAUUUUUAUCAUCCAAACGAAUAUUCCUAUCUUACCGUUAAUACUACCUCAUCACACGAUAUGUCUACUUUAAGAGGUUGGUGGGAAGAAGACAGAGCUCGUGCACAAGUAUUCUACAACAGAAUUCUAGGUAUGUUUGGCGAUGCACCAUAUUUCUGUGAACCAUAUGUUUCCGAAGCUGUUAUUGCUCAACACUUACAUUCAUCAAGUAUGAUUUCAAUUUUCCCACUUCAAGAUUGGUUUGGUUUAUCAACUGAAUAUGGCAAGAGAGAUCCAAAAGAAGAAAAGAUCAACGAGCCAUCAAAUCCAAUGCACUAUUGGAGAUAUAGAGUUCAUGUCAAUCUUGAAGAUUUAAUCGAAGAUACAGAUUUUAGCAAAAAUAUUCAAAGAUUACUUUUAUCAUCAAAUCGUAAUUUAGAUUAAAUAUAAUAAAUAAUUUAAUAAAAGAUAUGAAUAAAUAUUUAUAG